CUCAGAUCAAUAAUCCUGCUCACCAUUCAAGUCUACCGUUAAUUGUCCAUCUCCUUUCCUACACGGCUCCCAAGAUCCUUCCAGAGCAUCACCACACGCGACCGCGACUCUAUCCACUCCAACCACCAUGGCAGGUCCCGAACACGGAAGAAAGCGCGCCCGCUCAGCGUCAAGAUCGCCUUCGAGAUCCCCACCCCGUCAACGAAAACGACCCGGUGCUGCGUCACGACUGUCAGUUGCAGACCGAGAAGCUGCACGUCAACGCCAGCUACAGAGAGAGCAGGAAGAGGAGAGGAGAGCACAGCAGGAAGCCGCCUCGAGAGGUGUACACGACGUGGUCAAACAGUUCUACAACACGGUUCCUGAGCGGGGUCGCGACUGGCGCCAGACAGACAGCAAGAUCAAAGGCCUGCGCAGCUUCAACAACUGGGUCAAGUCGUCCAUCAUACAGAAGUUCAUCGGCGACGAGCGCAAUCUCAAGAUUCUUGACAUUGGAUGUGGCAAGGGAGGAGACUUGCAGAAAUGGCAGGCAUCGAGGAAAGUCGAGCUCUACGUGGGCUGUGAUCCAGCAGAUGUGUCGAUCAAGCAAGCCAAAGAUCGAUACGCGCAAAUGCAGAAGAAGUCGCGUGGGCGCUUGUUUCACGCCGAGUUCUAUGCCAAGGACUGCUUUGGAGAGUGGUUAGGCGACAUCCCCAUUAUCAAGGACGUUGGCAUUGAUCCUGGAGCUGGGCCUGGAAACGUCAUGAGCCAGCGCUGGGGCGGCGGAGGUUUUGACAUGGUCACGAUGAUGUUUUGCAUGCACUACGCGUUUGAGAGCGAGGAGAAGGCAAAAGGCAUGCUGAAGAACGUCGCAGGAUCACUCAAGAAGGGAGGGCGAUUCAUUGGAUGCAUUCCCAACUCGGAUGUAUUGUCAACAAAAGUCAUCGAGCACCACAAAGCCCAAGGGACCGCAGUCGAAGACACGAACGGUGCAGCAGACGAUGAAAAAGACGACCGACCAACAUUUGCAAGCGACGAUGAGGACGACUGGGAUCCCGAGAAGAGCCUUGACAGCCCCAAACCGAACGAUUCUGAACACGCAGAUGGUGAGAAGCCGGACGAGGCAAAGGGCAAGAAGAAGCAACAGGCAGAUGACGAUCAAGAAGACGGCGAGGUUGAAGAAGAAGGCUUCCAAUGGGGCAACGGCAUCUAUCGUGUCAAGUUUCCAGGCAAGACACCCCCUGAUGGUACAUUCCGACCACCCUAUGGCUGGAAGUACUCGUACUUCCUCGAAGAAGCCGUUGAAGCUCCCGAGUAUGUCGUCCCGUGGGAGGCCUUCCGUGCCCUUGCGGAAGAUUACAACCUCGAGCUGCAGUAUCGCAAGCCAUUCAGAGAGGUGUGGGACGAGCAAAAGGAUGAUCCCGAGCUUGGGCCUCUGAGUGAGCGUAUGGGAGUUAGGGAAAGAGGGUCGGGACGAUUGCUGACCACCGAGGAGGAGUUGGAUGCUGCGGACUUCUACCAUACUUUUUGCUUUUACAAGGUCUGAGAGCCUGGAAGGGCUGUGGCGCAUACAUGAGUUAUGGACGGUGAUUUGGACGGCACGGUCAUGAUGGGUCUUGGGAGCAGCUACCAUCGAGUAAAGAUUUACUACUUUAAGAACUGUAUUUAUAUUGCACGCGAUUAUCAUAUGCAAACGAAAUGGC